AUGGUAAGAAACACGUAAGCGCUGUUGGAGUACAUUACUGACAAAUGGCAGUCGCAGCAAAUUUUCGAAGAGGGUUCGACCGAAGAGAGAGGCGAGAACGCUCGUCUCAGGCAAGUUCCUCGAAAUCAGGCGCCUCACACGACCUCUUUUGCUGACUAUUUUACAGCGCCUUCGUGGGUGCUAUUGCGAUUGGAGACUUGGUGAAGUCGACUCUGGGUCCCAAGGGACAGGACAAGGUGCGUUGGAAGAGCCAAAGAGCCUCGACCUGGUCGCGGAACUGACUGUUUGGUAUGCAGAUCCUCCAGAGUGCUUCGACCGGCGAGAUAAUGGUAACAAACGACGGCGCGACGAUUCUCAAGAGCGUGGCACUGGAUAAUGCGGCAGCAAAAGUAUUGGUCAACAUCUCGAAAGUGCAGGAUGACGAAGUGGGAGACGGAACAACAAGUGUGGCAGUUCUCGCUGCAGAACUGCUGCGAGAAGCAGAACAACUGGUGAACCAGAAAAUCCACCCACAGACCAUCAUUGAGGGCUACCGAAUAGCAAGCGUAGCGGCACUCAAGGCGCUGGAGAACGAGGCGACAGAUCACAGCUCAGAUCCUGAGGCUUUCCGGAGAGACCUGAUUGCCAUUGCGAGGACGACUCUCUCCUCCAAAGUGCUGAGCCAGGACAGGGACUACUUUGCUGGGCUUGCUACGGAUGCUGUGCUGCGUAUGAAGGGUUCGACGGAUCUCACGCAUAUCCAGGUCAUCAAGAAAGCUGGUGGCAAGCUCUCGGAUUCCUACCUCGACCCUGGCUUCGUUCUCGACAAGAAGUUCGGUGUGAACCAGCCGAAGCGAGUAGAGAACGCCAAGAUCCUCGUCGCCAAUACCUCCAUGGAUACAGACAAGGUCAAAAUCUUCGGCGCGAGAGUCAAGGUCGAGGGCACAGGCAAGCUCGCAGAACUCGAAAAGGCAGAGCGGGAGAAGAUGAAGGCGAAAGUGGACAAGAUCAAAGCACACGGCAUCAACUGUUUUGUGAACCGGCAACUAAUCUACAACUGGCCUGAGCAGCUCUUCUCGGAUGCAGGUAUUGCUUCUAUUGAGCACGCCGAUUUCGAUGGUGUGGAGAGACUCGCGUUGGUCACCGGCGCAGAAAUUACCAGCACCUUCGACCAUCCUGAGCAUGUCAAGCUCGGUCAUUGUGAUUUGAUUGAGGAGGUCAUCAUUGGAGAAGAUACGCUUAUUCGCUUUUCUGGUGUGGCUGCCGGUCGCGCUUGCACGAUUGUGUUGCGGGGUUCUUCCGAGCAGUUGCUGGAUGAGGCCGAACGCAGUCUUCACGAUGCUCUCGCGGUUCUCUCGCAGACGGUCAAGUCGCCAAAGACGACCCUCGGCGGUGGAUGUGCAGAGAUGGUGAUGGCGAAGGCGGUUGAUCAGGCAGCUCAGAACGUCGCGGGCAAGAAGGCGUUGGCGGUGGACAGUUUUGCCAAGGCUCUGCGUCAGCUUCCCACCAUUCUGGCAGACAAUGCAGGAUUGGACUCUGCUGACCUUGUGGCGCGGUUACGCAAGGCGGUGUACUCGGGAAUGUCUUCUUCUGGACUCGAUCUCAUGCGGCCUGGUGGUGGGAUUGCGGAUAUGAGGGAGUUGGGGGUGGUCGAGAGUUACAAGUUGAAGCGCGCGGUUGUGUCGAGUGCCAGUGAGGCAGCGGAGUUGCUCUUGCGGGUGGACAACAUCAUCCGCGCUGCUCCGAGGAAGAGAGAGCGGAUGUAA